AUGGAAGCGUUUUCAGGUUAUAAUUCUAUUUUGGAAAGGAAAAAAGAUAUUGAUGAUGAUAGUGCCGUCUUGUCCCAUGAAUUGGAAAUGAAAUGUGGUUUAGACUUCUUAGGAACAUUGGCACCGUCUUUUGGCAAGGAGGCAGGCAUGGCGGACCUGGCAAGGGUUACAGACUACCUUUACGUUUCAGGUUACAACUCGAUUCAAGCGGAUGUGCUAAAAGAGUACAAUAUAACCUGUGUUAUAAACACAGCUGAAGAGUUGCCUUCAAUGAAAACGGAUUCUUUAGACUUCCCCUUAGAUUACAUGCACGUUUACAUGUUUGACGACGAAAACGCGGAUCUGUUAACUUAUCUGGACAGCUGCGUGGACAAAAUACAUCACGUGCAGCAAAAUGGAGGAAGAACGCUCGUACAUUGCUUGGGCGGAGUGAGCCGAUCUGUCAGCGUAUGUGCGGGUUAUCUGAUCAAAUACUGCAGCAUGUCCCUGAAGGACUCCAUGAGACGAAUCCGUACAGUCCGUCCCCAAGCCAACCCCAAUCCGGGAUUCUGGCACCAACUCAGCGAAUACGAGCGCUUUUUCGUGCAGUACAACGAAGAGCAUGGCACUGGUAAUUAA